GAUUAGGUUGUUGUUAAUCUGACCGGUGACGGCUCAUAUGUGUUGUUCCCGCACUAACCUAACCGAUUGACACGAGAUAAACAUUGAGUGAUAUACACAAACAUUGAGUUAUACGGCUAAAUGGUGAAAAUCUCGUGUGGCUUUCAAGCUUAAUUCAAUGGCUCCUAAUUGAAUUAUUCCAAUAUUACUAUUUUUGUCGAGAUUUUUUUUUCGCAAAAAAAUUGAACUCAACAUGAUAACCGUGAUAAUUUUAGGAACGAAGGAGUUUUUCAGCUUUGCUUGACAAAUUUCUUAGUUAAUGAGUUUCAUUGGAAAUAAUGUGUCAGGAGUUUAAGCGAUCAGAUUCCAUUUGGGAACGAGGUAUUUUUGACACACUUGCAAACGUUGCAGUAGACCCUGAAAUAGUAUUCUCGUCUUCAUAUUAUUGAAUCGUGUCUCCAAGAUAUUGCAAAUAAAAAGUGUCAAAUUAAAAUUAGAUAUUAUAGAGUCAUUCUUCUCGAAGGGAUGUCUCCAGGCACUAACCCUCUACCUUAUGCAUUGAAAAGAAUGUCAUCCGACUUUAUGUCAAUCCUAAAAGAAUGAAUCCUAAAGAAUCCUAAAAGAAUGUCAAUCCUAAUUGAAUUAUAAUAUUGCGCACAAAUACCUUCAUCGCAUCAUGCCUUCAUCCAUUACGUGAGCAUGCAAGUGUAGGUAUUUGGUUGUCUCGGAAAUCUGAACGAGAUAGCUGUGUUCUUGUACAAUCUGAUUUUUCUUUUCACUGAAAAACUUGUGAGCUGUCGAACGUGCUGACUUUUCGGACGACAACAAUACGACGGUUUUCUCGUUCUUCUGGACGUGCGGAGCAUAGAAACGGAGGAAGUGUGCAUCGAGUAUCGACAAUGUUUUUAUCUUAAAGAAGGAGGAAACGGUUUUCGCUAUGGUUGCUAGCGGUCUUGGUCGUUCUCCUUGCUUUGGCAACGUCACGGUUGUCCACAUAUGCCGUAGUGACGUCAACCUUAGCAACUACGGCAACGACGACGAUGACUGGUUUUACAAAAGUGAUCAAUACGAUGUACCAGUUCGGCUUGACAACAUCGAAUUAGAAAAAUAUUUAAAAAAUCAGGGGUGCGUUAUUCUGCGAAGUGCUCACGAAUCGGAUGAGAUAAAUCCGCUUAACGGUCAUGGGUUUCCAGACUAUUCGAAACUGAAAAGAAGGCAUUGUUCAAAUACCACAAUAAAGAACAAACACAUGUCGAAAAUAGAGUGUGAAGUAAACGAUGAAAACACUAACGAGAAGAGUAACAGGAAUUCUGAUGAUAAAUUUGUGCAGAGUAAAAGAUCUAUAGCAACAGGCUCGGAUUGGAAAAACAAUGAAGACAUCGUGACUGAGCAGAUCGCCAAAAUUAUCUUACGCAGACGAGAAUCAAUCCGCAUCCAUAGAAAUAACGUGACAGUCAACAAAGGAGCCAUAGCUGACCAAAAUGUUGGUGUUUCGGGAGAAGUAUUGAUGGUUACACCUGGCAAUUCAUCAUAUGCAAUUCCAGAAAAGGCGGAAGAAGCGAUCUCAAGGCACUCACCCACAGUUGUGUAUAUUGGGACUGUGGAAGAACUGGGCUCCCCGCUUAAAUCAGUUGACGUUGUGGAGAUGAUCGAAGCCAUUGAGUCAGGACCGAGCAGCCUGACAUUGUCGUAUUACGAACCCCAAUCCAGCGAAAAAACAGAUCAGUUAUCUGAACUCAUGUCCGAAGGUGUAUCGAAAGCUCGGAUCAAUUCUCUGCAGCACGAAGAGAAACCUUUAACAUCACCGGCCCUCUUGUUACAAUGGAGAGUUCGGCCGCCUGACGAGGAGCUUCGUAGCGCGGAAAAUGCUUCUCCUGUAACGCCCUCUUCAUCAAUGUUCUCCAGCGCUUACACCGUCACUGAACUGGGUAGUGACAACAAUUCUGAUCGCUCGCCGCCAUCCGAGUACUCGCAAUCGACGAUGUCAUCGAGGCGCAUUUCGGAAGCGGAUGACGCUGCCAGAAGAGAGGACGAGAGAAAUUUUAGAUUCCACGAGUACCUACAACUAUUCAGACAAUUAAAUUCAUUCAAUCAAGCUCUUGGUAUGAGAGAGGCGGAAGGAUUAUCUCCUGAGGAUUCAAUGAAUGGCUUAGACAUAAAUAAUUUUAGCCGUCAAGGAAGUAACCGCAGCGUGGUAUUUGACUAUGUUCCUUCAAAAGAUCAACGAGAACGUGAGGAAGAAGAGCUGUGGGUGGCUAACGAGGCAACAUACUCCUCUAACAUCACUUCUUCAGUCACGUCACCCACUUAUCAGCCGGUGAUUUUAGGUGCGCCAGCUGUAAAUCUAAUCAUAAACGAGAGCCUUUGUGGUUCAAUAGAGGACAAGAACGGGUCAACGUUGAGCAGCCGCUCUAGUACCAUGUUGGGAUCAUCAGUAAACAUGACAUCUACCGCAACACAAACCAUUUACUCGUGCCUUCUGCCGCCUAGUAAUUUUUAUUCCGUGCAGAAGCGCUGCGACAGGCGCAAGAAUGUGAGCCAGACUGCUGGUGCCGAUGCCUGCGCUGCGUCAGUUGUCGAGAGUGGGUCUACGUGUGAGGACGUUGAUGCACACGAGCAAAUGGCUGCACUUAUUUGCCCAGUUGGCGGAGUUGAAAGAAGACAUUUCUCAGCAAGACAACAAUACUCGGAAAACGAGACCAAAAAGGAUGCGAAUUUUGAAAAUGAACGUAAUUUGACUUGUGUUAAAACAAAAUCUGACUCAUUGAUUUCAGAUAAAAACAAAACAUCGAUUUGUUCUGUAACAUCUGCUGCAACUCAUCAGCCUACCAAAAGAUUUUCGUUUCUCAUUCGCAGUAACAGCAUCGAGCAGAGAGAAAUUGUGAACCUUAAUACGUCCGUGAGUGCCAGCGAUAGAGCCAUACUCGCUCGACUGGCCGAACUCAAGGUGAACGAAUUCAAGGAAACCCCGUAUGAAAAAAAGGUAUCCAGUUCACUGCACCCUCCUUGUCUCAGAUGCCACGAGCCAGUGUACCCACAAGAAAGGCUACAGCCAUCGAAGGAGAUGCUCUUCCACGUAUCCUGUUUUCGGUGCUGCCAGUGUGGUGUAAAGCUCAACCUUAAAACUUUCUACAGAAAUCCUGUGACCUUGAAAGACUACCGUAUUUUUUGUAAAAGUCACGUGCCAACUUUGGACCCUGGCAAAGUUGCUCAAGAGAAGAAGGCUCAAUCUGCUCCAACAUCUGCAACUUCUGCUUCGUGUUGCUCGUCUGCAGCUACCGUCGCCAGCAACGGCUCCGCUUAUCCUGCCACGGAACGCGUGGUGGUGAAGUGUGACACUCAAGGACUACGUUAUUUCUGAGGGUGCGGCCUCGCUUCUCUCUAUGUAAUUGUAGGUGGCACAUAUCGAUGGCUAAUCGUCAGUGGCACAUCGAUGGCUAUGCUUCGGUGACACAUCGAUGGCUAGUCGUCGGCCGACCAGCCCAUCAUGUUCUUCUACAUCCAUUUGAGAUGCCUCACCUCAUCCGUGAGGCUCAAAACUUAACCAAAGUUCGAGUUCCACCUUUUGCGACUCGAGGAAAAGUCGCAUUGAUGCCCUCCCAUAGGACGCUAUGCCAAGUAUCUGAUGCAUGAUGAGCUAUUAAUUUCUGUCAAAAAAGAGACCUUUACAUCUUUGAAUAAUUUUGAUCUUUGGCGAAGGCGAAGAUAGCAAGAAAUGGAUCUACUGUAAACCGUUGAUGUGAAACCACAAUUCGUAAUAUCAAAAUAUACUGAGUCGUGAGCUUUCAAAUUUUCCUCAAUUC